UUAGUUUAUCACUUGUUUUGUAUGUUGUUGGAUUCAAAUAUUUUAAGUAUAAAACUCACAAAAAAAUCUUGAACUUUUGAACUAUGGGUCAAUCAAUAUUCCCUGACUUCUCCCUGAUUUGAAGCAUUUUCUAUUAAAAUUGCCUGAAUGGAAUAAAGUGGAUGUGCUAGUAUACCUAUUAUAUUCUACAUCAAUAAGAAUAAAUGCAUGUAUAACAAAUUUGUAAAGAGAUAUCAAAGACUUUUAUACCGACAGAAAUAUAGGCGCGCCUCGUCAAUGGCUCCAACAAUGCUGAAUGAAGAUAGGGGUCAGUUACGGUAGAUCAUGGAUGGUCGUUUGUAGUGGUGUCUUGUUAAGUUUCAAUGAUGCUAGGAUAGUAUGCAGAAUGUUCGGUUACGACGGGGCCUUGGAGGCGGGAAGAUUAACAAGGUCUAGUCAUGGAUCUGGUGGUAUUCUCUUUGUGGACUGUUCCGGAUCAGAAGAGAGCCUUGUAGGCUGUUACGAUGUUUCUGAUGCUACGAGUUAUUGUGAACACAAAUCGGAUGCAGGUGCCAUCUGCUACUCAGGAGCAAAUCCAAACACAUUCCAAGUUCGUCUUGUUGGUGGAUCUAAUCAUGCUGAAGGCAGAGUAGAGGUCAUGCAUAACGGAUCCUGGGGAACUAUCUGUGAUGACUGGUGGGAUCUACGAGAUGUUACGGUGGUUUGCAAGAUGCUGGGGUUUGAUGGAGCUUUGGAAGCACCGAGGUCUGCAAGGUUUGGUCAAGGAUCUGGUCAUAUUUUGCUUAACUAUGUCAACUGUGAAGGAACUGAAGACAACAUAGCAGACUGUGCUCAUCCAGGGAUCGGACGGUACUCAUGUAGCCAUUUAAGGGAUGCAGGAGCCAUUUGUCUCCCACGAGAGACAAUCAGGAUUUCUUUGUUGUUGUUCUUUUCUUUGCUGUUUCGCACAAAAAUACCAGACCCAUUCCAAGUUCGCCUUUCUGGUGGAUUAAACGAUGCUGAAGGGAUAGUAGAGGUACUACAUGACGGAUCCUGGGGAACUAUCUGCGAUUAUGAAUGGGAUCUACGAGACGCCAGGGUGGUUUGUAGGAUGCUUGGGUUUGAUGGAGCCUUGGAAGCCCUGAGAUCUGCAAGGUUCGACCAGGGUUCUGGUCCUAUUCAUCUCUUUUUUGUCGAGUGUGAUGGAACAGAAGACAACCUAGCCGACUGUUCUCACGUUGGGAUUGGUCGUUUCUCAUGUAGACAGUCAAAAAAUGCGGGAGCCAUUUGUUUUUCUAGAGUUUCUAAUGGUAGUUCUGAAUUCGAGACUAACCUAUCAAAUAAAGUUCAUGGCGAUCAUUUCCUGUGGCUCGUAAUAUGCAUUCUUGUCCUGAGUUCCAUGGGUUUAGCAGCCUUUCUAUCUUGCCUAUAUCAAAGGCGGACGAAACUUAGAGCGAGGAGUUCUGAUACUAUUACAUACAUGGAUUUGAUGCAUUCUAGAACCGAGGGCCAUCAGGACUUGAACUCAACCUAUCAAGAUUUGAGUUCUCCGCCGAACUUACCACAACAUUCGUCGGCCGAUGUGUCAGUCUUUUAUAAAUCACAGAUAGCCUCAACAGAAGGUGAAGAUACGACCAACGUCAGCCAUGAAUACACGGAUCUAAAUACCAUUUUGGAAAAACAAACAGUUUCUGAAGAUUCAGAGAGAAAAAAUUAUAUGGAGACAGGAAGAAAAUCAGGAAAAGCGUAUUAUGAAAAUCGAAUAAGUGUAGAAAGAAAAACAGAUAAUAGUACACAGGAUGCGGUUAAACAAUAUAUGGACAUGAGGCCAAUCGUAGAUACUCCAGACACAGGGUUUGACGAUUAUAUUCUAGCAACCUCAUCAAACGUGUCUAAGUCAUGUGUGCACUUAUCAGAAGGAACACCUAUCUCUGAUUUGGCAGGGAAUGGCAACAGCAAUGUUCAGGAUAAAGGUAAUAAGUACAUGGACAUGAAUAUUGUGUAUCAAACGCCAGCAUCUGGUUCAGACUUAGAUGUUGAUGGUUACCUUCUCCACGAUAUAACGUCAGCAAGCACUGACCAAGAUAUUGAUAAACAUCUUUUUCGAAGCCAUACAUCUUCCAAAAAUAAAGUGAUUUUGAAUAACAACGCAGUAUCAACAAAUUUUACCAACAGCAGAAAUGAACUAGAUGUUAAAGAAGUAUCGCAAUCCAGCGGACAAAAUCAUGAAAAUGGGGAUCAUGAUUACAUUUACAUGGAUAUCAAAUGUCCUCGCCAAGAUCCCAAAGAGUGCUAGCCAUCAUCUUUGACAAUCUCACUUACGGAAAUGAACGUUCUUUAGAUGAACUGCUGACACCUCCCAUAUUGGCCAAAACCCCUAAACAAAUCAAUUGACGUAAUGUCGACGACCUGUUAUGUUUAAUUGUGUGAUUUAUACUUUCCUGACUAGUAACAUUCCUAGUUUACAAUGCAUUUUUAGGCGUUCUUAUACAUUUACCCAUGAUAUUUAGGAGAGAUAUAAAUAACCAUCCUCUUGGUCGAAACAAGCUUUCCUCACAUAUACUGUGAAGCUGAAAUGGCAAAAAAAAAACAUUAUAAUUUGAUGAAAACAAAGGAAAGCUUUAGAAUUUAUUUGUAGCAAAUAAUGGCAUAAUACAAAGCCGGUAUAACUGUUUUGUCGGAAGUAAACAAAGUCAUGUCAUAGACACAUUUGCAUUUCUUACAUUCUCACAUAUAAAUUAAAACAUAUCGUGCACCAUUAUGUAGAACACAACUGAUGCGUAUAAUAAUGGUUAAAAAAUACUAUUUAGACUAAAAACAGUUGUACGUUACCAGUAGACAAGAAAUAUAUAUUAUUUGGCCGAAUGAGUAAAUAUGUUUAAUAGACAUUCUUUAUAUUGUGAGAAUUAAAGCAAAAAAAAGUAAUGAUAAUAUCUCCGUAGCUGUUAAUAACGAUGUCAGCGCUACACAUGAUUUUUUUUUUAUUUACAUCAUCUUAUAUUAAGCCUUUUUUCUUUAUUAUUGCCCCCACAGGGUGGAUAAUGACGUUAUUAGGUGCAAUUAUGAGUUUAUAAUGCAUUUCCAGCUGUUCUUAUACAAUUAGUACUACUUAAUAUGAGAAAUAUAAAUAACUGUCUUCUUGGUAUAACGAUUUUUCAUUCUAUACUAUGAAACUGAAAUGGCAAUAAACAUUGUUGUCGAAGUCAUCCGUUAUGAAAGUAUAAUACAAAGGCUUUUCAAUCUUAAUUUGAAGACGAUAGAGGCAAGCUUUAGAAUUUAUUUUUGACAAAAUUUUAUAUAAUACAAUGUUGGUAAAAACCGAUGUAUUGUCUGAAGGAAACGAAACCAGAUUGGACACUUUCGCACUUUUUGACUCUGUUAAAAAAAUGAAAACAUAUUAUGCACCAUUAUGCAGAACACGAUUGAUGUUUAUUAUCGUUGUAAAAAAUACUCUUUGGACUAAAAUGUAGCGAUCGAACUAAUUUCUUUAAUUUAACAGUUUGAUUUGUCACUUUUUGAUCAUUAUACGACCGUUUCGGGUGUGGUGAAAUUACGUGACAAAACGCGAUACCACAUUACUUUUUGGUCACGUGGGUCUGGUAUGAUUCCACCGAAAAAUAGUCCUUCCUUUUUUUUCUGUCAUAAUCUUAUAUUGUUAUACUGUCGUCGAAAACAUAUCAAACAAUUCAAAUAUACACUCAUUAUUAAGUUUUGUAUUCACAAGUAUAGUAUAUUUCGAUGUAGUACAAUAUGACGUCAUAAAUUAUAAUGCGGAGCUAUAUCAGGCAAGUCUUGUAGCUGGGUAGCAACCUUAUCCCGAGAAAAUUAAGCGGGAACGCAUACCGUUUCAUAUUCGGAUGUGUGUUUGUAAUUAAUUAUUCAUCAGGUAUGUUAAAUAAAUUAAUAAGAUAUUUCACUUUGCUUGCAAUUAUAGCAUAGGUCUUUUUAUAUUGAAAAUAUCUUGUCUUUUGGGGAAAUGUUUUAUAGUUGGCUAGAGCAGUGUUAAAAAUACACCUCUUUUCCUUUUUAAGGUAUUUUCUUUUUGCAUCUAAAUUAUAACUUUGACAUGUUGAUUAUAUAUAUUGCAAAAACAAAAUGCUUAGUAUUUCAAGCGGCUCCAUUUAUUUUAAAUGAUAGUAUUUAAUUAUAUUGCAUUUAUUGAAUGAUAUGUCGUAUUUACUAAACGAUCGAAAGAACGUGUAUAAACGUAGUCUUUUCUUAUAUUUGUAUACCAUUUAGUUUAGAAAUGUACAGCUAGUCUGCAGUGUAUCUCAUUUCUUUUCGAUAAUUGAUUAUUUUUUCUCUUUUUUGAAGUAA